AUGGGCGUAGACUUCGACGUGAAGACCUUUUGCCACAACCUGCGGGCCACCAAACCCCCGUACGAGUGCCCGGUGGGCACCUGCCGCAAGAUCUACAAGAGCUACAGCGGGAUCGAGUACCACCUCUACCACUAUGACCACGACAACCCCCCCCCGCCCCAGCACACCCCCCUGCGCAAGCACAAGAAGAAGGGGCGCCAGGCCCGCGCUGCCAACAAGCAGUCGCCCAGCCCCUCCGAGACCUCCCAGUCGCCGGGCCGAGAGGUGAUGACCUACGCCCAGGCCCAGCGCAUGGUUGAGGUGGACCUGCACGGCCGUGUCCAUCGCAUCAGCAUCUUCGAUAACCUGGACGUGGUGUCUGAGGAUGAGGAGGUCCCCGAGGAGGUGCCCGAGAACGGGAGCAAUAAAGAGAACACGGAGACCCAGAGCGUCCCGCCCAAAUCUGGCAAGCACAAGAACAAGGAGAAACGCAAGGACUCCAACCACCAUCACCACAACGCCUCCGUCGGCACCACCCCUAAGCUCCCCGAGGUGGUGUACCGGGAGCUGGAGCAGGACACCCCCGACGCCCCACCUCGCCCCACCUCUUACUACAGGUACAUCGAGAAGUCGGCGGAGGAGCUGGAUGAGGAGGUGGAGUACGACAUGGACGAGGAAGAUUACAUCUGGCUGGACAUCAUGAACGAGCGGCGGAAGACCGAAGGCGUCAGCCCCAUUCCCCAGGAGAUCUUUGAGUACCUGAUGGACCGGCUGGAGAAGGAGUCCUACUUUGAGAGCCACAACAAGGGCGAUCCGAACACCUUGGUGGACGAGGACGCCGUCUGUUGCAUCUGCAACGACGGGGAGUGCCAGAACAGCAACGUCAUCCUCUUCUGCGACAUGUGCAACCUGGCCGUGCACCAGGAGUGCUACGGGGUGCCCUACAUCCCCGAGGGACAGUGGCUUUGCAGACGGUGCCUGCAGUCACCCUCGCGAGCCGUGGACUGCGCCCUCUGCCCAAACAAGGGGGGGGCCUUCAAGCAGACGGACGACGGGCGCUGGGCACACGUGGUCUGCGCCCUCUGGAUCCCGGAGGUUUGCUUUGCCAACACCGUCUUCCUGGAGCCCAUCGACAGCAUCGAACACAUCCCGCCCGCCCGCUGGAAGCUGACCUGUUACAUUUGCAAGCAGCGUGGCUCCGGGGCUUGCAUCCAGUGUCACAAAGCCAACUGCUACACUGCCUUCCAUGUCACCUGUGCCCAGCAGGCCGGGCUCUACAUGAAGAUGGAGCCCGUCCGGGAGACGGGGGCCAACGGCACCUCCUUCAGCGUGCGCAAAACCGCCUACUGCGACAUCCACACCCCGCCAGGCUCCGUGCGCAGGCUUCCCGCCCUCUCCCACAGCGAGGGGGAAGAGGAGGACGAGGAGGAGGAGGAGGAGGGAAAGGGCUGGAGCUCUGAGAAAGUCAAAAAAGCAAAGGCCAAGUCUAGGAUCAAGAUGAAGAAGGCACGGAAGAUCCUGGCGGAGAAACGAGCCGCUGCACCCGUGGUUUCUGUGCCCUGCAUCCCCCCGCACAGGCUCAGCAAGAUUACGAACCGUUUGACCAUCCAGAGGAAGAGCCAGUUCAUGCAGAGGCUGCACAGCUACUGGACUCUGAAGAGGCAGUCCCGCAACGGCGUCCCCCUGCUCCGCCGCCUUCAGACGCAUUUGCAGUCACAGAGAAACUGCGACCAGAGAGACACUGAGGAUAAGAACUGGGCCCUGAAGGAGCAGCUGAAGUCAUGGCAGCGCCUCCGCCAUGACCUAGAGCGCGCGCGCUUGCUGGUGGAGCUGAUACGCAAGCGGGAGAAGCUCAAGAGAGAGACGAUCAAAGUGCAGCAGGUGGCACUGGAAAUGCAGCUGACCCCCUUCCUCAUCCUCCUCCGCAAGACGCUCGAGCAGCUGCAGGAGAAAGACACGGGCAACAUCUUCAGCGAGCCGGUCCCUCUGUCUGAGGUAACAGAAAUCUACGAGGUCCCAGACUACCUGGAUCACAUCAAGAAGCCGAUGGAUUUUCAGACAAUGAAACAAAACCUGGAAGCCUAUCGCUACCUGAAUUUCGACGACUUUGAGGAGGAUUUCAACCUGAUUAUCAACAACUGUUUGAAAUACAAUGCCAAAGACACAAUCUUCUACCGAGCAGCCAUCCGUCUGCGGGAGCAGGGAGGCGCUGUUCUCCGGCAGGCUCGCCGGCAGGCGGAGAAGAUGGGCAUUGACUUUGAGACAGGCAUGCACUUCCCCCACUGUGUGACGGUGGAAGAGGCUCAGGUCCAAGACAUCGAGGACGAAGACGUGCGGCUGCUGCUCUCAGAGAAUCAGAAGCACCUGCCCUUGGAGGAGCAGCUGAAGAUCCUGCUGGAGCGGCUGGAUGAGGUCAAUGCUGGCAAGCAGAGCAUAGGACGGUCCCGCCGGGCCAAAAUGAUCAAGAAAGAGAUCACAGUCCUACGGCGGAAACUCGCUCACCCGCGGGACCUGGGCCGCGACGGGCUGGAGCGACACGGCUCCUCUGCCAGGGGCGUCCUGCAGUCGCACAACCCCUGCGAGAAGGACCUGCAGACGGACAGCGCUGCAGAGGAGAGCAGCAGCCAGGAGACGGGCAAAGGUCUGGGUCCCAAUUCGUCUUCCACCCCAGCACACGAAGUUGGCAGGAGGACCUCAGUGCUCUUCUCCAAGAAGAACCCUAAAACUGCAGGUCCUCCAAAACGCCCAGGACGCCCCCCGAAGAAUCGAGACAGCCAGAUCACUCCUGGGCAUGGGAACAGCCCCAUCGGCCCCCCCCAGCUCCCGAUAAUGGGGUCCUCCCAGCGGCAGAGGAAGCGAGGGCGAAGCCCGCGCCCCAGCUCCAGCUCGGACAGCGACAGCGAUAAAUCCAACGAGGAUGCUCCUAUGGACUUGCCAGCAAACGGUUUCAGCAGCGGGAACCAGCCGGUGAAGAAGAGUUUCCUGGUGUACCGCAACGACUGCAAUCUGCCCCGCAGCAGCUCCGACUCUGAGUCCAGCAGCAGCAGCAGCAGCAGCGCCGCCUCGGACCGCACCAGCACCACACCCUCCAAGCAGGGCAGAGGGAAGCCCUCCUUCUCCCGCGUGAACUUCCCAGAGGACAGCAGUGAGGACACGUCGGGGACAGAGAACGAGUCCUACUCCGUGGGCACGGGGCGAGGUGUGGGGCAUGGCAUGGUGCGCAAGGGCAUGGGGCGCAGCGCGGGGUGGCUCUCUGAGGACGAGGAUUCCUCCCUGGACGCCCUGGACCUGGUGUGGGCCAAGUGCCGGGGGUACCCCUCCUACCCGGCGUUGAUCAUCGACCCCAAGAUGCCGCGGGAAGGCAUGUUCCACCACGGUGUCCCCAUCCCCGUGCCCCCCCUGGAGGUGCUGAAGCUGGGGGAGCAGAUGACU